CUUGUCUCCCUGUAGAAACUAUGACCUAACCCUAAUUAAUACUAUACCAUAGUGGUAUAGUCUAACUCUCCUUCACCAAUCAUUCAAGUAGCCAAUAGUUUUGCAAUAUUCUUUUAUCUAUAUAUAUUCAUGGUUGCAAUACCAACUAAUCAUUCACAUCCUAAAGCAUUCAAAUUUCAAAAACUUGGUUAUUGCUUAAAAGUUUUUUUGUUCUUUUUUUAAAAAUUCUUCUCAAGUUUUAACACACUCAGCAAUGGGUUUUCGUUUACCUGGUAUCAUUAGAAGGUCAUCAUCGUUUACUUCAAGCCGAUCAGUUACAAAAGUUGUGGACGUGCCAAAGGGCUAUCUUGCAGUGUACGUUGGAGAUAAACAAAAGAGAAUUGUGAUCCCCGUAUCAUACUUGAACCAAACAUUGUUUCAAGAUUUGCUGAGUCAAGCCGAAGAAGAGUUUGGAUAUGAUCAUCCAAUGGGUGGCCUCACAAUUCCUUGCACUGAAGAUGCCUUUCAACAUAUAACUUCUCGCUUGAAUGAGCUAUGAAAUAUUACAUGAAUGUAAGAUUGUAGGAAACUGACAUAUAGAUUAGUUGAGACAUUUUUUAAAUUAGGAACCAUAUCGAAUUGUAAAGAUCCCUUUUCCAAUGAAAUGAGAAAACAAAUUACUAUAUGACAAUUAUGUGUGUUUUGUUUGAUUACAAUGAAUUUAACUACUCAAGAA